AUGCACGCACAGGCAGCACAGCAUUUAUUCCUUCCCUCCAUCCCUCCUUUCCCUCCCUUUCUGCAGCUCCCUUCACGUGAGGCCAUCUACAAGGCACAUUCCGACAUCAUACCCGCUUCCUCCUCUCGCUCCGCCACAGCCUCUGCUUUCAACGCUUCUCCCGCCUUCACAUCAUCAUCAUCUUCUCUAUUUGCUUCCACUGGCCCCAGUGGUAGCAAUGCGUUCAGAGCAGCAGCAGUGCCGCGUGUGCUGAAGUGCUCCAAACGCACUGUUGCUGAGUGCAUGCAAGCACAGGCAGCACUGAAAGCACAGCAACCAGGCCUGCCAGCAGGGUUGGCACCUAUGGACUCAGCUGUAGCAUCUUGUAUUCAGCUGCUACAGCUGGGGGGAAUGGGAGGGUUUGAACCUCCUUGGAUUCGACCGUUGCCGCCCCUGCUGGCCCCACAACCAGGCGAGAUUGAUGGAAUUGUGGCAGAUUUUCCCUCAGAGGAAGCAGAGGCAGCAGCACUGUCAGCAGCAGCAGCAGUAUCCGCAGCAGCAGCAGCAGCAGCAGCAGCAGCAGCAGCAGCAGCAGCAGCAGCAGCAGUAUCAGGCGCCACUUCUACCACCCGACAGGGUCCGGGGGAAAGCCAGAGCCUAGCAACUGCCAGCCAAGGGGAGCGUGGUGAGGGGGAAUCUCGUUCGGACCGGCCUGGUGCAGGCACGAGCGUGGGGAUGAGGGGCACCCAUCCCCUCUCCGCCAAUCCGUCUCUCAUCUCAGCGUGUGGUCUACACCCCCUCACACUGCCGCCUCUGCGCUGCAGCCCUUAUUCUCUCCGCCAAUUCAUGUUCGCCUCUCUCCCUCUACUCUCCUCUCUCGCUCUACUCUCCUCUCUCCCCCUUAUCCAGCCUCUAGUCAAAACAAUCCUGGCAUUGCUGCAUGUGCUCUCACUCUCACUCCCUCCCAUUUCCUCCUCUCUCCGUCUCCUUCUUUCCGUCUCCCUCCUCUUCCUCCCUCUCCCCGCCAGCCUGGUGCAUGUGUCCUUCUCUCACUCCCUCUUCUUUCUUCCUCUUUCCUCUCCCUCUUUCCCCUCUCCCCUCGCUCACUCUUCCCGCAGCCUCUUAGUGGAAAACGACCCUGACAUCGCUGCAUGUGCUCUCACUCUCACUCCCUCUUCCUUCUUCCUCUCUCCCUCUCCCUCUCCCCUCCCUCCCUCUCCCUAUAUCUGCCCGCAGCCUCUAGUGGAAAACAACCCUGACAUCGCUGCAUGUGCUCUCACACUGCUGCUGGCAUCACAGCCCUCUUUCGAGUACCUGGAGGUGCUGUCUCAGCUGCCCCUCACCCUGCACUCGCUCGAGGUGGUCAGCCGGGUGGCCAAGGCCGUUGACUUGCCGCCCGAUUUCAUCCACUCGUAUGCCAGCCACUGCAUGCGGUGCUGCGAGGAAACCAAGGAUAAGAGCAUGCAGAAUCGCCUUGUGCGGAUCGUUUGCAUCUUCUUACUGAGUCUCAUUCGCGAUAACAUCAUCAAUG